AUGGCUGACCCAAGACCCCGUCUCGUGAAAUUCGAGACGCAAAGAUCUUUUGCCUUGCGUCUAGUUCUUGCGACGCUCACUGGCAAAACAAUACGCGUAUCAAAUAUCCGUCCGUCGUCGACCAAUCCUGGUCUUGCAAACUAUGAGAUUUCUUUCAUCCGCCUGCUUGAAGCAGUCACAAAUGGCUCAGCCAUGGAAAUCUCUUAUACCGGUACGACAAUCGCGUACAAACCCGGUCUAAUAACUGGUUGUGCACCGGGUCGUGGCGCCAGUGGAGGCGUUAUCCGCCACGAAUUGCCUGAAGGCUGCCCUCGCGGCUUGAGCUAUUUCUUGAUCCCGCUCUGCUUGCUCGCGCCGUUCUCAAAGGCGCCCAUCAAUGUCCUGUUUACGGGACCUGGCGUCAUUACAUCAGCGACUCCCAUGGGCGAUAUUUCAGUCGACAGCGUGCGGACAGCUAUCCUCCCCCUUUACGAGCAAUUCGGCAUCUUCAACAACAUCGAGCUUCGAAUCCUCAGACGGUCAUGUCCGGGUCCUGGGGGCAAAGGCGGCGCCGGCGAAGUGCAGCUGAUGUUUGGACAUCAAGUGCGCGUACCGAAGACGAUACAUAUGAUGAAUCCGGGGCGAGUAAAGCGGAUCCGUGGUGUUGCAUAUUGCGUGGGCGUUUCCGCUUCCAACAACGCUCGCAUGAUUGAUGUUGCCAGAGGCAUCCUAAACCCUCUCGUGAGCGACACAUAUGUCUUUUCCGAUGUCUCCUCUGCGCCAUUGAUUCCCUCCGCAACAAAAGCCGAUCCGAACGCAAAGCGAAAAUUGGGCAUCGGUUUUGGUCUCUCCCUGGUGGCGGAAAGUUCAACCGGUGCCUUCUAUUCCGCCGAUGUUGCUUCCCCGCCUGAGGGCGGUGUACCGCCCGAGGACAUUGGCCGGCAGUGUGCAUAUCAACUGCUUGAAACUAUCUCUCUUGGAGGCUGUGUAUCUCCAGCUGCAGCUCAGACGAUGCUUGUCCUCAUGGCCAUGGGGUCCGAGGACGUCGGUAGGCUGCGAGUGGGAAAGAAGGUCUUUGCCACUGAAGAGAUCAUUGACCUUGGCAGAGACCUCAGUCAAUUAGGUGCGAGCGGAUGGGGCGUUCGGGACGCAGAUGCUGAAGGAGAGGAUUUAAUUGUCAGCAUCGUUGGAAGUGGAUUUGGCAAUGUGGGAAGGAAGAUUGCAUGA